AUGUCGUCGACCUCUCCCUCGAAGGAACCAGAAGUGGAACCUGAAGUUCAAUCAGGUGAAGAACAGGACCAAAUGGACAAGGACCAACAAGACCAAGCGGCGCAGGGCGAGUUUGAGGUGAAGGAACAAGAUCGAUGGCUUCCGAUUGCAAAUGCACUUAUCCUGAAUGUGCAACCUUUCUAUCCCAAUGGAGCGCAUGCCACUGUUUUCCCGCUUGGCUGUUUCCCCCGCUAUGGCCAUCCAAUCCUGCAGAGCGACCUCGUAUUUGCAAGUGGACAUGCUAACAUCCGGUAUCAAGUGGCACGUAUCAUGAAGAUUGCCCUACCAGAAAACGCAAAGAUCGCGAAAGAAGCCAAGGAGUGCAUGCAAGAGUGUGUGAGCGAGUUUAUCUCGUUCAUCACCAGUGAAGCAUCCGAGAAAUGCCAGCAGGAAAAGCGGAAAACCGUCAACGGUGAAGAUAUUUUGUUUGCCAUGACCUCGCUCGGCUUCGAGAACUAUGCGGAAGCCCUUAAAAUCUAUCUGUCGAAAUAUCGCGAGACGCAAUCCGCCAGAGGAGAAAACCAAAACCGACCAACCAGCAGUGGUUACGGUGCUGGACCUGUUGGUGGCCCAGUGAACGCUGCUCAGCCUGGACGCCCGGGCUUCCCUGAUUCCGAAAACGCCAACAGUAUCUUGAACCCGAGCUUAGACCCCUCCGAGCAGGACACCUCUGCCUAUGGCUACCCGCCCAUGGUUGGCCAGGCUCACAAUGGGACAGGGGAGUCUUACUAG